UGAUUCAGCUCCUGAUGUAAACUGAAAGUAAAACUAUCUUCAGAAAGGCGCAUUAUCUCUAAGGGGGUAACGGUGUCAAUUAAAGCGCAUAUAGUCCGUUUGUAAAAAAUGAAAAUAUAAGGCGAAAUUUGCAUUCGUAGAAACGGUUAUUAGUUUAUAAUAAAACAAUUAGACAAGAAUAAAGGCGGCGAUGCAGAUGAAAAGUUGCAUCGUUAUUUUGAUCUUGUUCAAGUUCGUCGUUAACUCUGAUGGUUUCCUGCUACACGGCUCUGCUGGUCCUCUAACAGCCCGGCUUACAGGAGCUGUACUGCUGCCCUGCUUUGUGGACAGACCCCUGCCUUUGGAGGAGCUGGAGGUGGACUGGAGAAGGGCUGAUUCAGACACCAUCGUGCACCUAUUCGAGGGGGGUCAGAGCAGACCUGAAUCACAGGGGGACACCUACAGGGGCAGAGCGCGCUUCUUCUCACAGGAAAUCCCCAAAGGCAACUUCUCUCUGCUGCUUGAGGGCGUGAGGACUGCAGAUGCGGGAGUGUACAAGUGUGUGGUUUAUACAGAGCAGGAGCAACGUGAAACACGGGUGGAAAUACAGAAAGCAGGCAAGUGA